CUCCUCGCUUUCCUCCUCCUCCCCCUCCUCCUCGCCUUCCUACUUCUGCACCGGCCGCGCUCCGGCUCCGCCGCUGCCCCUCAGCCGCCGCGGGUGCCGCACCGCCGCCUCCCUCCCCGUCCUCCUUCCCUCCCUCCCCCCGCCCCCGCCGGUCCCCCUCCGCCCCGGCCCCGGCGCCGCCGCUUCCACAAGAUGGCGGGGACCGUGGCCGAGCGGGACGCGCUGAAAAUAGAGGACGGGCAUUUAAACAACUCGCUGGGAUCCCCGGUGCAAGCUGAUGUGUACUUCCCUCGCCUGAUCGUCCCCUUCUGUGGGCACAUCAAAGGAGGAAUGAGGCCGGGAAAGAAGAUCUUAGUUAUGGGCAUAGUGGAUCUCAACCCCGAGAGCUUUGGCAUCAGUCUGACUUGUGGGGAGUCGGAAGAUCCUCCUGCAGAUGUAGCCAUUGAACUGAAAGCUGUGUUUACAGACAGGCAGUUUGUCAGAAACUCUUGUGUAGCCGGAGAAUGGGGAGAGGAGCAAUCGUCUAUUCCUUACUUUCCUUUUAUACCGGACCAGCCUUUUAGGGUUGAGAUACUUUGCGAGCAUCCCCGUUUUAGAAUAUUUGUGGAUGGACAUCAGCUCUUUGAUUUUUACCACCGUAUUGAAACACUGUCAGCAAUUGAUACGAUAAAGAUAAAUGGAGAUCUUCAGCUUACGAAACUUGGCUGAGCUUGUGAGGACUGCAGAUUCCAAACCGGCUCAGGUGCCAUCAUCCGUUUGGAGAAGUGACAGCCGGCUCUGGACACAGCUAUGGUAGGAAGGCUGCCCCGUUCCUUUUCCGCAUGCAGUUCUUCACUCCUGUGCCGAUGAACCGGGCUGUUGUUUAUCCUAAUGAAGAACACUGUUGGUUAAUAGACAUUGAGCCGUUUUUCUUGGAUCAAAAUAGCCUACCUAUACUGGAUAAUCAAAUUGGAAUGGAUUCAGAAAGACUUGCACUCUUGUCUCAGAUCUCACAGAAAGGCAAUUUCUCAAGCGCAGCGCUAAAACCAGUUACUGAACAGCAGUGACAACAACAGAAAGUUUUUCUUUUGCAAAUAUUGUUUCUGCACUGAAGUGGAGUAGUGUAGCACAACAUAGGGCCACGUGCUGACGUCCUUACCCAGGGCCUGAGCCUGGUUCCAUGGAAAUCAAUGGCAAAACUCCCACUCACUUUAACUGGGUACAAUCAAACUGUCUAGUCCUUAGUCAAGCACAAUUCCCACUGAUUUCUAUGGGAUUUUUGCACAUGCCUGGGCGUCAGCUCUUCUGCUGGUCUAAACCAGCAUCACCUCCAUGGCUUGCAUGGAGUUUUGCUGAUGGCUGCCAGCAGCAGACUUGUCCCAAGGACUGUGCAAAAAUGGAAUGAGGGUAUGAGGACACUGCCUGUGUAUUUUAGUCAGGGUAUUUGCAUAGAAUGUAGAACGUUACGAGUUUUUGCACAACGUAUUGUUAAUACAGUUUUUAAAGCUUAUCUGUAGUUUAUUUAUUUAUACUCAUUGUAUGUAUUAUUAGUAAAAAUGAACAACCUUACUGAUGGUUAAGAAUCAAGCAAAAGUGUAAACAUUUUGAAUGUAUAAAAUGUCUUUUAGGUUCUUUGGGUAAACUUUACAUAUCAUUCUUGAAAAAUCCUGUUUCCUGUCGAGCAUUUAGUUACAUUUUAAUGGAGCCCUCUAGGCCCUGGGAAAACGUGGGCAUGGUAGUUGGUGGGGGUGGGGGGAACUUUUUGCAUAUUCACUCAAAACUGCUUUUCAGGGGUUACUAACUUUGCUGCACAGGAUAGGUUUGGGUUCAAGUCAAUCCUUUGAAAAACCAGCAAAUUUGAAGUUGGAACCGUGCUUGUGUAACCUGAGAAAAAGUUCAGUUUGGCAGCCUCUUAGUUGAGGAAGAGAAUGAGCCUCUUUCCAAGGGAGAUGGGAGAUUUUCUGCACUUGUUUGAGAACAUAUUUGGCCUUUGAUAUGACAAUUAAAACUUGUCUAGACAGCCAAGUUAUUAAUGCUUGAAAAUCAGCUACUGCACAUGAAUAAUAACUUUUCAAGUAGCUUUUUAAAUAGUAGGUAUAGCUGUAUAAACGCAGUCAUUGCGCUACACUAUAAAUGAACACAGCCACUUUUCUUGACUUCUUUAGGACUAAAUACACUUUUUUCCUUGGCUGCUCACAACAGACUGUCACUGGUCUUUCUGAGUAGUUAUAAUCAUGAUAGAAACGUAUAUUUAGACAAUUUUGAAAACAUGUAAUAUAGGGACUUUCUAAGACACAGAAUACAAAAACAUCCUUUGUAGGACUGUAUUUAAAGAAAAAAAGAGAGAGAGAAGAAUCUCACAAAGAGAAUUAUGUUAAACCUGCAAUAAAGCUGUGGUUUAAAGCAACUAGAACUGGAAUACCCAAAGUUAAGGGUAGCAUGCCAGUUGCAAAGCCUCAUUUUGCGCUAAUAUGGCCUGCAGUUAAGAAGCCUUAGACUGCAAGCUGAAAUUCCAACUGUGGCUCUAGUCCAAAGCCUGUUGAGGUCAAUCAGAGUCCUCCGAGCACAGAAGCCUGAUUCUUAUUUCAUGCAAGUGCAAAUCUCUUUGCAAAGCCAGGGGGGUGUUGUUGCUGCUGCAGCUAAGAAUCAGGCUGCUGCCUAUAAAAUACAAGUUAAAAAUCAAAUUUUAGCCUUAACAUUGACAUUCCCUGACUUUUCCUUCCUUUUUCCAAAUUGAAAACCUGUUGUUUUCCAGAUGAUCUUUUUAUCUGAUGUGUGGCUUUUAAGUUGUACAUCAGAUCCUAUUUGUACUCCAGAUUGAAUAAGAAACGUUCCUGUCUUGCUCUGUUUUUACUCUUUUACAUGAUACGUGAUGACUGCGUCAUUUUUCCAUUGUAUAAAGAAUGCUGACAGUGUUUCGGUACAAGAUAUAUUCUUAAAAAUUAUGAUUAUGAUGAUAAUAAAAAUCCAAGGGAAAGGUGCUUCUACACAAGGUGUUUGGAUUUGUCUCCAGCUUGGAAAUGCUCUAUGGUUCCAAAGCAGGUGCAGGCAGAAGAUGAAUUCUGUUUGGAGAGAUAUUUAACACCCUCCCUGCAUAGCGUUCACUCCAACUACAGAUGUAAAGCCAGGUUUGCUGAUGUAGUGCCAUCGCCUGGGGCUGUCCUGCUAGUCCAGUGGGCCUGAAGUAGGAGGCUGGGGAAGAGUAAGUAGCACCAUGACCCUUCAGGAGCACAAAACCGAACAGGAUCUGUCUCUCUGACAGCACACCAGUAGAGAUAUCCCCUCCAUGCCUUUACUGUACCCCAGAAAACGCAAUUAAUUUGGCUGACUUCAGUUUUCAGCUACUUGGGAUUCCUCAUAGGUAAGCGCAGCCCUCAGACUUUUGCUGUCCUUGCAUGGGCUUGGCACAGCACAGUGCCUUCACCAGGGAUGCCGAGAUGAACUCAACGCACCACUGUUAGAGGUGUCUCUGUCAGGAGCAAGGGUUCAGGGAUACUGCCUUGCCUCUGUUCCCACUCUCUGUGUUGGGCACUCCCAUUUGUUCCUUCUCCAGUAGAUUUCUGUCUAGGGAAAAUGCUUUUUGAACCAGAUUCUGGUUUUGCCUUUGCAUAACUCUGCCACCCGCAGCACCCACCACCUGAUUCUGCCCCAUUGUGGUUUCUGAGCCAGGCUUCCAGGCAAGAAGAGGUUGUGGUUUGGCUGAGAGCUCAGGAAAGGGCAGAAAGUCACAGUUAAAGCUUCCAUGUCUAUUUAUCUGUCUAACACCAGUAUGGAAGCCUUUUCACAUUUCUUUUGGGUAGUACCAGGCUAUGGCAAGUGAAAGAAGGAUAAUGUCUGUGUAACCAAAGGCUGUUCCCUGCAUGCUUGACUUAUAUUAGCUGAUUCUGUUCAGAAGCAACUGCUGAACACUUCCAUGUGCAAUGUAAGCCAGACGAAACUGAGGCCUGUUUCUGUUCAGUUGGACCUUGAGCCAAAUCCAAAUGUUAAUUCUUCCCUGUGAGGGUGCUGAGGCACUGGCACAGGGUGCCCAGAGAAGCUGUGGCUGCCCCAUCCCUGGCAGUGCUUAAGGCCAGGCUGGAAGUGGUUUGGAACAACCUGGUCUAGUGGAAGGUGUCCCUGCCUGUGGCAGCAGAUUGGAACUGGAUGAGAUUUAAGGUCCCUUCCAACCCAAACCAGUCUGGGAUUCAAUGAUCUUAUGUUUAAGAUGGGAGACUGUGCUGCAAAAUUUAUGUCUGAUUUUUUUUGUGUCCACAGUUCAGGAAUUAUUCAGAUAUUGUGGCUAUAAACCCUACUAGACCUGAAAUAAGACCAUUUCCAAAUUGGGCCAGAUUUGCAGUAUGUUUUUCAGCCGGGACAAGUAGUCUGUGAGCUUCUUGUAAGCUGCAGUUCUUCAGGACUAAGUGAGUGUGUGAACCAACUUCUGAAAUCUUAUGGUAGAAUUUAUUAGCUGUAUAUCUCCAUGGUUUCCUUGGAAUGAGGAAAACUCAUUCUGAAAUGAAAAAAGCCUUGAACGGCUAAAAUCCAUGUGGAGUGGAAUCACUCAACUCAGCAAAGCUUUAUUUUUUCCAAAGAGGAAAAAGCAACAACCAAAAAAACCUGACCAAAUUCUUGAGCUGUGUUUGGAAUGGACUGUGAUAAAGCUGAUUUAAUAAAAAAAAGGGGGGAGGGAGGUUAUUGCCUACUCAGAAAGAGCCUUGAAAUACUUCAGUGUCAUGUGAGGUAGCCUGUGUCUAAACAUACUUCACAGAAACACUUUUUCACAGGCAAGUUGUUAAAAAUGUUACAAAAUACCAACAAUUAGAAAUGGUUGCCCCACCUUGAAAGAACAUUUUGUGCUAAAUAUUCAUAUGUUGUCUAUGUGAACUUGCACUAACAUACAUUAUAUUCUUCCUCCCCUCCUUGACUAGCUUGAGAAGAAAUAGGCGUAAUAUUGCUAAACCGGUUGAAUGUGACAUCUGCUUGAGGCAUAGCAUCUUUCUCAAGGGCUGUUUUGAGUAAACAGCCUGAAAACCAAAGGGAGAGCCUGAUUCACCAUUCUGCUGUGCCAGCUUUCCGCCCCUGUCACUCUCCUGCUGUGAGGCUGAGACUGAAGCCCUGAGAUUUUAAUGUGAGGGAGCAGCACUGAGAUGUUUAUCUUCUGGGAUUUAGAAGUAUUCACAGUGGAGGAAACAAGAACAGAGUAGCCAUGGCACUCCCAAGCUUGGUAGUAGCAUGAUGUGCUGUAGUCCUAAGGGAGUAUGAGCUCAGAGGGAGGUAGUGGGCAUUUCAGAGCCAGCCAAGAACACAGGCUGUGGAGCUGCAUGACAGUUUCUCAGGGAUGGGCAUUUGCCACCUUCUGCAACCCACAAGAGGACACACAGCAAAAACCAGUGUUGCUUACGAGUUUGGAAGGCAUGAAUGAGUUCAUGUUCCUACUCGCCUUCUUUAAAAGAGGUUCUUUAAAAGUCAUAGGAAAAAUUAGGAGCAGCCAUGCUCCUAAGGUAUUUUUUUCCCCACAGCAUAUCUGAUGUGGGGCUCAUCUGGCUUCCCAUCUACGAGGAGUGCUCCCCACAGAAACCUACAGCUCUGCUUUCUGCACUGAGGCUGCUUACAGUGACCUUUCCCUGCAGGUAACUGCAGAACCACAGUUGGUGGCAUCUCUAAGCAACCUCCCAGCAUCCCUGGAACUGAUAUGAGUCUGAGGAACGAGAGUCAGGCUGAGGGCAACACUAAAUGCUCAGUGUGAUAAGCACAGAUGUGAGGAAGAAAAGCUACACCAGCCUAGGCACAGUGAGUGACCUGGCGAGAUUUUCUGCAAUCGUGGGAAUUGUUCUGAUUUUCUCACGUGGAUCAGAAAGCUUAGAGGAAAAAGUCACUGUGCCGUGAGUGGUGUGUGGGGUUAGAACCAAAGCCAACCCAAACGGGGAGAAAAAAUGAGCUGCAGACGCUUUAUCUGGCUUUGAUACACCCUCCCAGCUCCUCCCAGCAAUCACUGCUGUUAUGAACAUACACAAUUACUACAACAAGGAGAUUCAGCAGCAUGUGCAAGAUCAAAAUAAUAAACUCCUGCUUUGCCACAGGUCCUCCCUAGCUUCUGUUGCACGGCCUCUCCAUCUGUCUGUCAACAAAUAACUACAUCCUGCUGCUUUUAAAAUCCAUGGCAAAAAUCCCAUUGACUUUCCUGGAAAUAGGUCCUUAAGAAAAGGGUUAUUUCGAGCUUUCCAUCUCCAGUUAUUUUCAGCUGGGGCAUACUCUAAAACUGAGAUUAUUUUUAAGUAUGAACAGAGGACUAUUUCUGUCUGCAUUAUCCAUUUGAUAGAGUCAACAGAAAGCACAGCAGUUUCGCAGUUAGCUGGUGAAAUGUCUUAUAUUCAUCACCUUCUGAUUUUAAAAAGUGGGGAUGUGCACAAAAUGACUGGGCAAUAACAGUAGUAUGUAUCACUCACCACAGAUCUAUUCUGACGUGUUGUGCCAAUUUCAUAAUGAAAUUUUAAUAACAAUAAACUGUGAAAUCUUCA